AUGGAAGUGAAAGCUGAAAUUAAGGAUGAGUUUGUUAAAGAUGACUCACGAUAUUUAAAAAGUCAGCUAUCCACAUCCCUUGAUCUGAGAGACUUAAAAAAUGAACCAGAAGAUUGCUCAGAAAUGGCAGUAACAAAAGUUGAAAUGAAGGAAGAGUUUAUUGAAGAUGACUCUAGAUAUAUAAAGAGUCAGUUAUCAACAUCUCUUAAACUGGGAGAUUUGAAGAAUGAGCCAGAUAAGUAUAACUCAGUUACGUGUACCUACGGCGAAGAAUGUAAAACUUUUACUUUUUGUUUCACAUAA